CCCUGAUGAAUCAGCCUAUGUUGAGGAGAAUUUUGCCUUUUGUGCCGGCAUUUCAGCCAUUUACCAGGAUAUUAUCAUCGAAGGGGGAUCAAUUAUCAAGAUUGAUAAUGAGCCAGGCAACAACUGAUGGUUUGGACGAUACCCAAGUCAAGCUGCUUGCUGAGCAAUGUAUUCUGGUAGAUAGAGAUGACAAUGUUAUUGGAGCAGCUACUAAGAAAGACUGCCACUUGUAUGAAAAUAUCCAAAAUGGUAUGCUUCAUAGAGCCUUCAGUGUGUUUCUAUUCAACACCAAAGGAGAGUUACUACUACAGCAGAGAUCAGAUGCUAAAAUAACAUUCCCAGGUUUCUGGGCUAAUACCUGUUGCAGUCAUCCUCUUCAUUUUGAUGAAGAAAUGGAGCUCAAAGAUGCCCUUGGAGUGAAGACAGCGGCUCGCAGAAAACUCAAACAUGAAUUAGGAAUAGAACCAGAACAGGUACCUAUAGAAGGCUUUACAUACUUGACCAGAGUUCACUACCAGGCUGCUUCUAAUGAAGGUGUAUGGGGUGAGCAUGAAAUAGACCAUGUUCUCGUCUUCCAAGGUGAUGUAGAUUUGAACCCUGAACCUAACGAGGUCCAAGAAGUACGCUAUGUCAAUCCCACACAGUUAGAGGAGCUGUUAUGUGCAGGAGACAAGGAAGAGAAGAAAGUCAGCCCGUGGUUUGCUAAGAUUUCCCGCCAUCUACUCAUUCCAAAAUGGUGGACCAAACUAGAAGAUGUGAAGAGCUUCCAAGACCAUGAUACGAUACACCGGUUAUAGUGGAAAUUAUUUCUAUAACAUUAGAUAAAUAUUAAUUAUGAAAUAAUGUCAUAUGUGAAUGGAUCCAUUCUAGGGUACUCCAUGUUCUCAAAUCCAUUUGACAAUAAACCAGUUGUAUGGUCAUUAUCAAGAACCAUUCGCCUCUAUGAGACCUAAUUGAUUUGAUCAUGUUACGAGACGUUUAUGAAUGGAUACAGGCAGCUGAGUAAAAGAUCAGUCUCAUUUGUCCUAUGUUUAUACGAAUAGAACCUGCUACUACUGAAGGGAUACUGUAUCAUGAAAAUGAUAUUAAUUAAAAUAAAGAGUACAAAUGAAAACCAAGAACUUUUAAGUACAUUGAAAUAAAGAAUUGCAAAGUUUAAAUAUUUUAAUGUUGCUAUUACAUUAAUGGUAAGCAAGUCUUUAUGCACCCCAGAGCUGCCAGUUUAAUGGUAGGAAUUUAUCCUGUUAAGUAAGAUCUUCUUAAUUUGUAAUUGUUAAGUUUUUAUGUUUUUUGAAAUUUCUCCAAUUUAGAAGGAUUUUAUGCUUGAAAGCAGGGUAAUAAGAAAUAAAAGAGAUAAGGUUUUUACCAAUUGGGUUUGGUAGCUCUGGCAUAUCAUUGAAGUUGAUCAUGUCAAAUAUGUACUAUUUAUCUUUUGUUCAUAUUUUCAUUCCAAUAAUAUAAAAUCCAGGCUUCCUUUGCAUCUGUAAAAUCUUCAUGGCUUUGAUAUUGUAAUGAAGAGAUUCUUCAUUUCCAUGUUUGGUAAGUUUAGUUGUCAAAAUUAACUUGAUUGCAUAAGCAAGACACCUUUCUGUGAUAGUGGAAAGAAGUACAUACCUAUUCCUACCUUUCAUAUCACUCUGACAAUGAUUUGUUUCGAUUUAGAAAAGCAAAAACAAAAUAUGAGAACAACAUUGUCAACAGUAACAAUGAAAAUCUAAUGAGAGUAAAGAAUUAUUAAGUUUUGAUUCUAUGAUUUCAUGUGUGAGCAGCAGUUUAAUGAUUCUUGAU